AUGCUAACGCUGAACCAAACGGAUGUGAUCCCAGCCUCAUUCAUUCUUAAAGGGAUCCCAGGACUGGAGGACAUGCACAUCUGGAUUUCCUUUCCAUUCUGUUCUAUGUAUGUUGUGGCUAUGGUAGGCAAUUGUGGACUCCUUUACCUCAUCCACUAUGAGGACUCUUUGCACAGGUCCAUGUACUAUUUUCUGGCUAUGCUUUCGCUAACUGAUAUUGUCAUGUGCACUAGUACAAUCCCUAAAGCACUCUGCAUCUUCUGGUUCCAUCUUCAGGAAAUCAGCUUUAAUGAAUGCCUGGUACAGAUGUUCUUCAUCCACACCUUCACAGGAAUGGAGUCUGGGGUGCUCAUGCUUAUGGCCCUGGACCGCUAUGUGGCUAUUUGCUACCCCUUGCGCUACUCAAGUAUCCUCACCAAUCCUGUCAUUGCAAAGGCUGGGCUUGCCACUUUUCUAAGAGCAGUAUUUCUCAUUAUUCCCUUGAUUUUCAUCACCAGCCACCUGCCCUAUUGUAGAGGCAACAUAAUACAUCAUACCUACUGUGACCAGCUGUCAGUAGCCAAGUUAUCCUGUGGAAAUAUCAAGGUCAACAUUGUUUAUGGCCUCAUGGCUGCUUUCUUGAUUGGAGGAUUUGAUAUCUUGUGCAUCACAAUCUCCUAUACCAUGAUCCUCCGGGCAGUGGUCAGCCUCUCAUCUGCAGAUGCUCGGCAGAAGGCCUUUAGCACCUGCACUGCCCAUAUCAGUGCUAUUGUUUUUUCCUACAGUCCAGCUUUCUUCUGUUUCUUUUUUAAUCGUUUUGGAAGCCAUACAAUCCCUCCAUCUUGCCACAUCAUUGUAGCCAAUCUCUAUCUGCUCCUGCCUCCCACUAUGAACCCUAUUGUCUAUGGAGUGAAAACCAAGCAGAUACGAGACUGUGUUCUACAGAUUUUUUCAGGUUCUAAGGACACCAAAUCCCUCAGCACGUAA